AUGGCGAGUAGGAAGAAUGCCCCGGCCCGGCGCGAACGAACGGUACUGAUCCCGAGGGACGGUAGGCACCUAGAGCAGAGCGAAUGGCCAAGAGAGGACGUGGUUGUUCCUCUGCUAUUCGUCCAUCGGCAGCACUUGUUGGGCGGCAACGAUGUGCUGGCACGACUGGCUAUGGAAGCUCCGACAGAAGCCGCCAACUGGAGAGCAGGAGUCUAUCUCGUGAGCAUCGCGAAGGGGAGAAAUGUGCCAAACGAGGCUGGGCAGUGA